AUGUACGUAGGCUUACAAUCACCACCAACAUCAGUAUUAGAAGAGAAAGGUUUAGAGAGGAUGAAUAACUCUAAAAACACAUCAUCAUCAGUACCUCCUGAAUUUAUUAAUUUCUUUGCAACAUUUAAUGAAGAUGCACAUGUAUCGGAAGUAAAUCGAAAAUUAAACAAAGCUAUAGGUAAUCAAAAUGAUCGAGUAACUCAUUGGAUAUUGCAAAUCUGUGAAGAUAGUUCAAUUAAUGAAAAGACAAAACGUCACGCUUUAGAUUUUUUAAAAGAUUGUAUUAAUAAUUCAUGGUCACAUUUCGAUAGUGAAACAAGGGAAUUUAUCCAAAUAGAGUUGAUUAGAUUUAUAAAGGUUGAGCAACCGACCUCUGUUUUAAAAGGCAUUACAGAUUCAAUGUCUGCUAUUUAUAAUAGAGGUGACUGGAAAGAAAUAUUUAAUUUUAUGGAAACAUCAACAAAAGUACAAAAGAAUGAUAAUUUAAAGGGAAAUGCACUUGUUGUACUGGGAUCAGUUUAUACUGCAGAUAAAAAUAGAUCAAAGGAAAUGGCAUUGUUGAUCGAGAGGGCGUUGCAAGGAUGUUUAAAAGGUGAUCAAUCGGACAAGGUUAAAUACAAGGCACUACGAACAGCAACGUUGGUCAUGAACUCGGCACCGUACCCACAAAAACUAAUCUUUCAACGUCUGACGGAUGAUGUGAUUCCAGUGUUGGAAUAUGCCAUCAAACAAAAGGACGACUCUGCCAAAGGUCUGGUUAGUUUCCUCGUGGACGAUGUCAAACAUAAACAGCGGUUGUGGAUCACGGAAUCGCAGGUCACCAAUUUUUCCGAUGCCUUUCUUCGUGCAUUGGACGAGAAGUCUGACAUUAGCAAAGAGAUUUACAACCAACUCUUUACUAUCAUUUACGUCUCGAUCGUGGCAAAUGACAAUGUUUGGAAAAAUGCAGAUCAAAGGAUUGAUAAAUUGGUCGAUAUGGCAUACAAAUGGAUGGCAAUCUUGGCAACUACUACUUUGGAGUUGAAGGAGUGGGAAAGAAGAGUAUUCCCCGUCGAAUCUGAAGUUGAACAACUAGCCAUCUUUAAACAGCUGCCUCAUCAUGAAUGCCUGGGUAAUAGAGCCAUCUCCAUUUUCCUAAAAAAAAUACCAAAUCUUUUAAAAUCACCUGAUUGGAGUGUUAGAUGUAUUGCUAUAGAAUCAAUAACGCCAACGGCCAAAACAAUCUCUCCAAAUUUAAUUACAAAAGAUUUUAUGAGAUGUUUAUUAGAUAGAUCAAAAGAUGAAGAUCCAAGAGUUCAAUGGGCUUUGGGUGAUUUAUUGUGUUCAUUUAAGGAUACUAUUACUGAAUCCUAUUCCUCAGAAAUUUUUGAAUCCCUAGGUUAUUUGGUAAGACAUACCAAUGCUAAUCGUAGCCGCAUUGUCUUUUGUAGUUUCCUUACCACUUUUAACAAGGUUGGAAACGUUCAAAUCAAACACAAAGAUACCAUCAUUAGUAACUUGGAGUAUCUUGUAAAUCUUGGAGAACCUUCUGUCAAUGAAUAUGUAUUGAUUAAUAUUAUCUAUAUGAUUAGAGAUAAAAAAAUUGAUUUUAAACCUUAUUAUAAAUUAUUUUCUAAAGAGACUAUCAAAUUAAUUACAAAUAUUGUUAUUGAAUCGAGAAUUCGUAAUGUUGCAUUGGAUGCAUUGGUAGAAUUAGCAACAACACAAACUGGUGACAAGAAAAUGUUGAAAAGAGACGUUUACCAAAUGAUGCAAACAAUGGCAACCGACAUCGAUGGCUAUGUUGGCGUAGAAAAGAAAUUCUUUCUUGCAUUGGAAGAGAUUUGCAAAGUGUUAAAGAGUGAUUUUGCAUUGUACUUGCCAUUUACAAUCAAACUCAUUCUAGGCUAUUGCUUUAAACAAAAUCGUCCAAAUGAAAAAAAGAUUAUGGGUCUACGGUUGCUGUGUGCGAUAUGCGAGCAUGUCGAUGCCAAGUUGUUGACACCAUACUUUGAAAGCCUUGUGUUUAUUCCCAAAAUGGUUGUCGACGAACACUUUGAAGUCCACGGGCGUGCAUGUGUCCUGACCCCACACCUAUACAACAUUUGCCGCCACAAAUUUGGCCCACUCGCAACAAAAACAAGAUCCUACUAUAAUCUGUUCUUUUUGGAUCUCGUCUCGUCAAGAGAUACUUGGUCGACGGUCAAAAUCGAACAUUCGACAGAGCUAGUGGAGAUGUCCGGCUAUUACGGACUGUCGAAAGCCCAAAUGAUGGACAUCACCAGCCAAUCCUUUAUAACUCUUAUUGACAAGAUCUCAUUGGGCAACCAACCAGAACCUGGAUCUCGAAACAAACUUUUCGAAAGAGCGUCAGAGUUGAUAGCAACAACAAUCGAACUCAACCGUCAAAAUGCUGUUCCUGCCAUCGAAACGGCCCUGCCAUCUUUUGCCAAGGCAAUUCGAGACAACCCAAUGUGCAGACCCAAAUUGUCUGACACAUGUGUGUCUUACUGUCUCUUUGCUCAACCAAAGCAAGUCAGUGAAUCCACUCAACUCAUUUUACCCAUUAUCCUCGCCCAAAUGUCCUCGCUCAAUCAAGACGUUGAAGCUACCCACAAAUAUCUUGAAGCACUCAACAAGAUUGCGCUGUCUAGUACACUCAAAAAAAUUGAAGUCCAUCUCAAACAAAUGGUUUACCAAAUUAAAAGAGUCAUGUCUGCAACCUCUCGUAAGGGUGCCUCGGAAAAAGAAAAGGAAAAUAAUCAGUUGGCCAAUGAUAUAUUCUCUUUACUUGCUGGUAAAUUUAAAAAUAACAAAAGUUUGGCUUCAAUGUUUAAAAAAUAA